AUGGCUACUUUUGUGACCCCUGGACAAGCAUGCAGAGUGUUGUUUGCUCUAAACCAGACCCUACUGCAGCAUGAGAGUUUGCGUGCAGGCAUUUUGCAUGACACCUUCACUACUGAGGACCUCAUCACACACUACAACUGUGGAGACCUCAACUCCAUUAUCCUCAAUCAUGACACAUCCCAGCUUCCGCAUUUCAUCAACAGUUCCCUGCCAGCUCACGAGCGCCUGACGGCGCAGCAGAUUGACAGUUACCUGCGGCAGGAGCUCAUUUACAAACGCAACGAACGAAUGGCCCGCCGUGUCUCUGCCCUCCUUCAGAGAAACCCAACCCAGAGCUUCUUUUUCGCUUUUGGAGCUGGUCAUUUCCUGGGGAAUCACAGUGUACUAGACAUCCUGCGCCAGGAGGGCUAUGAGGUGGAGCAUACACCAGCGCAAGGAACCAUCACACAAAGGAACUGGUCUGAGGUGGAGGGGACUACUAUGAAUCCCACUGAAGGCAGCUCUGAGUCAGUGACGGAAUGGACAUCAGAACCUCCUGAGCUAGAGGAGAUCAGUCAGUAAGAACUCCCCCACAUGCUGCUGCCAGACAGUCUCAGCCAGCUAGAGGAGUUUGGCCGCUACAAGCGCCCCCGCGAAACCCAUCAUGCACACAGUCGACCACGGCUGUUCAGUGACCUGUGGGUGCGCAUAGGAGACAGCACGACUCCAAACCCGUAUAUAAGGAUAACCAAUGGUUAUGUGACAGUGGAACCUCCUCAAACACGACAGGAACAACAGCAAAGACGAACGCCGCUCCGAGACAGACUGAAGCCCCCCAGCCAGCCCACAAACCCCAGCGCACUUGACUCCGCUGCUCCAAACACAACAUAUGCGCUGAGUUGCCUUUUGGCCUGUCUCAUUUCACAA